UAGAAAUCCCACCAAAGUUCAAAAUCACACAAAAAAAAAUUCAAAAAAAAUAAAAAUGGCACUCUUCUUCACCUCACACUCCUCCCUCUUCCUCUCCCCUUCGUCUUCCAUAAACCCCAACAACCCAUUCCCUCUCUCCAAAUCCCCACAACUACCAUCCCUCUCUUUCUCCUGCAAAUCCUCUAAAACUCUCCGUUUCCACCCCCAAAUUACUAAACAACCCAGAUUCCCUACCCACCUCACACGCACCUCCUCCUCUGUUCCGUCAUCUGACCCGGAUCCGGAACCAAACCCAACUCCAGCAAGUAUCACUGACGAGUGGGGCGAGAAGGCAGAGCCCGAGCCCGAGUACCCGAAAGAUGCGGACUCGGAUCCUCCGAGAAAUGAUGACGAGUGGGGGGAGCAAUUUGUUGCCGCUGGAAAUGGCACCGCAGCGGCACCGAGUACCAGCAGUGCGGUGGUCGUGGAGAAGGAUGGGAGGAUUGAGGAUUUGAAGAGGUGUUUGGUAGAUACGGUCUACGGCACGGAAUUUGGGUUCCGGGCCACCCCGGAGAUCCGGGCUGAAGUUUUAGAGCUGGUUAAUCAGUUGGAGGCUGUAAACCCGACUUCGGCACCUGUGGAUGCUACUGGUGUGCUCGAUGGAAAAUGGGUCUUGGUGUAUACUGCAUUUUCUGAACUGUUGCCACUUCUGGCAGCAGGUGCUACACCUUUAUUGAAAGUGAAAAGCAUAUCUCAAACAAUUGAUUCCAGCAAUCUAUCUAUUGUGAACAAAACUACAUUGUCAAGCCCUUUUGCUACUUUCUCUUUUAGCGCAUCUGCAACUUUUGAGGUUCGGACUCCUUCAAGAAUACAGGUUGAAUUUAAGGAAGGUACACUGCAACCUCCGGAAAUAAAUUCCAACAUAGAUCUCCCAGAAAAUGUUGAACUAUUUGGGCAAAAGAUCAAUUUGUCUCCUGUCCAGCAAUCUCUCAAUCCUCUGCAGGAGGCAGCAGCAAAUAUUGGAAGAACCAUUUCUGGCCAGCCACCACUUAAGGUACCCAUUCCAGGCAACCAAGCUAGCUCCUGGCUUCUUAUUACCUACCUUGAUGAGGAUCUCCGUAUCUCAAGAGGGGAUGGUGGUCUUUUUGUUCUUGCUAAAGAAGGAAGUCCUCUUCUAGAACUGUAGCCAUUAGCCAGGUACAUUCUGCAAAGUGCUAUAUAAUGCCGAUAUACAGUGUCCUCUUCUAUACUAGACCUUGUAGAAAGGGAAUGGCUUAAAUGACGAAGAAGAUGCUUAGAUUGUAGUUUCUGGGAGGCCAAGAAAAAGAGAUUACUUUGAAACCCCCCGAUCCAAUAUAAUUGUAAGAUUACACAUUUUCUAAACGAGUAUCUCUACUUUUGAGUGGAAUACAAGUAAAAUUAUUAUUAGAAA